GAAUCUGUGAAGACCAAGCACCCUCAGCUUCAUUAUGAGUCAAAAGUCUAUAUGCUUCUCCAAGGAGGAACGGGCAUUCCCAACCUGAAGUGGUUUGGAGUUGAGAAUGAAUACAACAUCAUGGUUAUAGAUCUUCUUGGACCAAGUCUGGAAGAUCUGUUCAAUUAUUGUAACAGGAAGUUCUCCUUGAAAACUGUAUUAAUGCUGGCAGAUCAAUUAAUUAAUAGAAUUGAAUACAUGCAUUCAAGAGGAUUUCUUCACCGUGAUAUAAAGCCUGAUAACUUUUUGAUGGGCUUAGGGCGCAAAGCAAAUCGG